AUGCCUAAAUCAACCCCCUAUAGAGCGCAGAUUGUUUCGCUGUCUGCCCUGUCUUCUGAGUCAUCGACCUCACGUGAUGCGGACGCUCAGAUUUCGGUGUGCCCCAUCAGGGCUUUGAGUAUUUUCAUUGACCGUUCGGCCAGCUUUCGGCAAUCUGACCAGCUUUUCGUGUGCUACGGUGGUUGUGCGAAGGGUCUGGCCGUGUCAAAAAGGAGGCUUUCCCACUGUAUUGUUGACGCUAAUACGGCUGUUAUACGAGCCAAGGUUUGGAAUGGCCUUUGCACAUUAGGGCCCACUCAACAAGAGUUAUCGCCUCCUCCUGGUCGUGGUCGAGAGUUUUUCUUCACUGAACUGGAUGAAGCAUGGAGGACAUUUGACUGGAGACAGAAGGAAGCGCUGAAAAGACGUCUAGAAAAUGUUACUCUCAGUAAUCCAGAUGUGACAAACGUCAAGAUCCUGGUGGCUGGACAAAUUGGAGCAGGGAAGUCCAGCUUUAUUAACUCUGUCCUUAGUGCCUUUCAAGGAGAAAUAGUUAAUGAAGCAAUAGCUGAAGAUUUGGGAUCAGCUGACAGUCACAGUUUCACAAAAAGACUGAGAGCAUACCGCAUCAGAAGUGCACAUGCAGAUUUGCCUUUUGAAUUAUGUGACAUAAAAGGUUUAGAACCUGAAAAAAUAUCUGAGUGUCAAAUAGAUGACAUUGUCAACAGCAUAUAUGGCCAUGUGAAGGAGGGAUAUAAAGUAAGGCAUUCAAUGAAAAGGAUUCCUCAAGUGAUUGUCAUGUCUAAAGUGGAUGAGGCAAGUUAUCUGGUCAAAAAUGAUCUAAAGAUGGUCUACAGAAGCCAGAUCAUCAAAGAGAGGAUGGGGUUGUGCAGUGCCAAAGUGGGUGUUCCAGUGAGCCACAUCUUCCCAGUGAAGAACUAUCAUAAUGAGAUUAACACAAACAAUGAUGUUGAUGUUUUGAUUCUCAAGGCAUUUGAUCAGAUUGUGCGUUCUGCUGAUGCAAGACUGAGGCGUGGUGCUUCCAAUGUAAGUUUUCAGGACUAAAAUCAAGAAUAAUAGCAUUUAAAGUUGAAUAU